AUGGAACCCAACAACGCCAUCAUAGUAGGCAUAUCCGGCGUCUCUUCCUCCGGCAAAACGACCCUCGCCCGGCUCCUCCGCGACAUCUUCCCCAACACCUUUAUCCUUCACGAAGACGACUUCUACAAAACCGACGCCGAGAUCCCCAUCAACCAUUCUGCCGGAAAUGUGGCGGACUGGGACUGCGUUGAAGCGAUCGAUUUGCCCAAAUUCGAGGAAGCACUGCGCUAUAUUCGGAGAGUAGGGAUACCGCCUCCGGAUCUGAUCUCCAAGGAGGACAAGAACGAUGUCGGGAAAGUGGACGUUGAUAGCAAGGUGAUUGAUGAUUUAAAGUGGAAGGCUGGACGGUGGAUGUUCCAUGAUGUGCCGCCGGUGGCGAUUAUUGAUGGGUUCUUGAUGUACUCGGAGGAGAUGAAGGGUGUUCGGGAGCAAUUCGAUGUUAAGCUAUUGCUACGGACCGACUUCAACACGGGGAAGGCAAGGAGGGAAGCCAGGUCAGGGUAUGUCACUAUUGAGGGUUGGUGGGAGGAUCCCGAGGGGUAUUGGGAGAAUGUGGUUUGGCCGAAUUAUGUCAAGGACCAUGCGUUCUUGUUCAAAGAUGGUAAUGUGGAGGGCGAGGUGAGACAGGAUGUCGUUGACGGUGGGCGUAUGAAGUUGUUGACGAAGCAAUGGAUGCCAAGCCUGGCCGAUGACAAUGAUGACGACGACGGCCAUAUCAUAGAUUGA